UCGAAAAGUCAAGACACGCCUCCGCGGGCGGAACUAUUGAAGGAGCUACGUGCAAAACUGCAUAUAGUAACUUUUCACCCAUUUAUGAUCCAUUUAUUAAUUGCCAGCUCGUGGACCGAUAUGGUUGUUGUCACUCAGUAGACAAAAUGACUUUUGUAGCUUUGUACACAAUAAACAACUCAGCGAGAUCAAUAGCAAGACUGUGCCAAGUGUCCCGCUCUGCGCAUGGCACAGCAGAGUUCCACUCUUUCGUAGCCCGUUACUCUACACUCCGUAAAUGUGCCUUUCUUCCGGGAGGAAAAUGGUCAUUCACAAGAGCAAUAACAAGACAGAUGUCUCAAGCAUCGCCGGGGAGGAUCUCACUCGGACGGUACGGUAGAGGUGUAUUUCUGGCUGCCGGGGCAGCAGCUGUCACCGGGAUCCUGACGGCAGGUGUAAGUCACUUUCAGCGGGCCGAGAUGGCAACGAAGGUAUCCAAGGUUGAAGAAGAAGAGGGGGACAUACGGGAGAGAUGCAAGUCGUUCAUGUCUCUACCAGUCACUGACAUCAAGGUCUUAGAGCAGAGGAAAGACGCGAUGUCUACGAGGAUGGAGAUGCUCAUCAUGGAGACACAGGCUGCGUUCUGUAGAGCCCUCGAGGAGGUGGAUGGAGGCUCGUUCAGGGUGGACAGAUGGAGUAGAAAGGAAGGUGGUGGUGGCAUCAGCUGUGUGAUGCAAGAUGGGAAGGUUUUUGAGAAAGCGGGUGUGAACGUCUCCGUGGUGUUUGGGAACCUCACUGAAGAGGCCGCCAGGCAAAUGCGCAGCCGUGGAAAAGUUCUGAAAGGGAAAGAUGGGAAGCUUCCGUUCUGUGCCAUGGGUGUGAGUUCAGUCAUACACCCAAAAAAACCCCACAUUCCCACAGUGCACUUCAACUACAGAUACUUUGAGAUUGAGGAGGCAGACGGCUCAAAGCAGUGGUGGUUUGGUGGUGGAACAGAUCUCACUCCUGUUUAUGUUGAUUUGGAAGAUGCCACCCAUUUCCACAAGACUCUGAAGAAAGCAUGUGACAAGCACCAUCCCAAGUAUUACCCAGACUUCAAAAAGUGGUGUGACAAUUACUUCUACAUCCGUCACCGAGCAGAGACGAGAGGCAUUGGUGGGAUCUUUUUUGACGAUUUGGAUUCCCCCAAUCAGGAGGAGGUCUUUAAUUUUGUGAAGAGCUGCGCUAAAACUGUGGUGCCUUGUUACCUGCCCAUUGUAUACAAACAUCUAAAUGACUCCUUCACUCCUGAGGAGAAGGACUGGCAGCAAGUCAGGAGAGGCAGAUAUGUCGAAUUUAACUUGGUGUAUGACAGAGGGGUGAAAUUCGGCCUGGCCACACCAGGGUCUCGCAUCGAGAGCAUCCUGAUGUCCCUACCACUUACUGCUAGGUGGGAGUACAUGCAUGAGCCCGCCAAAGGCAGUAGGGAAGCCGAGAUGCUGGAGGUCUUACGAAACCCUAAAGAAUGGAUCUGACUGAGAGGAAGACCCAUUUAACCAGUCAUCAAUAUUGGCAUCAUUGGGUGGGAAUUGUGAUAAUGGGGGGGCUGGGUUGUCUUGCGAUUUGCUCAGUAAUAUUAAACAUAUUUCAUACAACUUCUCAGACAAAACAAAUUCUCAUCGUUUGACUUAUUGAUUGUUUAUGCUGUCUCACUGCAGUAAUACACAGUUAGUGGCUUUGCUGUAAUGAAUUUUCUAGCACUGCCACUGGCUGUAUGGAUUCACUGGAAAUGCAGUGUUUACUCCUGUGACAGUGUUAGUUUCUGCUUGCACUGCUUUAAUCAUGACUAUUGGUGUAUUCGAAACCUGUAAUGACUCUGGUAUGCUGUUUUGAAUGGAUGUGUUAAAUCACAUACGUCUAAAUGGUCAUGUUUACCAUGUGGUGAUGUAAGUGCCAUUCCAUUAUUGUGUUUCUUACCCUGUUAAUUUUCUUUAUGCCACACUUCAAGGCUGUUUUAUGUCCUGUCAUAUGUUAUUACACAUAUCGAUUUCUGUACUUAAAAAAAAAAAGAAAAAAAAGGAAUAUUAAAAAAGUUAAAGUAUUCUCAGGACAUUAUAAUGUUGAUAUUCUCUGUAUUACAAAAUAAUAAAGUGUUUUUAUAUGUGGUUUAAUGUGA